GCAAGAGCUGAUUCAAUUUUUAGGAAUUUACAAGCUUGAAACAGGCCAUGGAGGGAGUAUUUAUGUACGUUGCUGGCUUACCAUGCAACCAUGUAGCAUAGUCCUGGAGGGUGCAAGUGUUCAACAACUUUUUAUUUUUAAAAGAUUUUCUUUAAUUUUUUUUUUUUUUUGAGAGACAGAGAGCAGGAGCAGGGUGGGGGAGAAUAGCAGAGGGAGAGGGAGAUGCACGCUCCCCGCUGAGCAGGGAGAUGGAUGAGUGGCUCCAUCCCAGGACCCUGAGAUCAUGACCUGAGCUGAAGGCAGAGAUGCUUAACUGACAGCCAACCAGGUGCCCCUUCAACAACUUUUUGAAUGAUAAAGGACAAGUUCCAAAAAAUGGCCACAUGUAGGUCAAGCCAAGGUUGAAGGUGUGUAUGGAGAAUACUUAUUUUGAAGAGGCAACUUAUAAGCAAAAGAUGUCUUGAAGUGAAGAAGCUUUGAGUUCUUAUCUACGAUGUCCAAAUCGCGCAAAGGGUUCUCGGGAUAACGUACUACCUGUGUCCUGUAAAUGCUGACGUCUCCUGGUCAGAGGAGAUCAACAUGCUGGUUUCUUUCUUGGAGAAGGUCCACCCGAUGCCACUGGAGACCUCACCCUCAGAGAGCUUAUAAUCUAGAAGGGGAGACAGCACAUGUCCUGGUCUGGAAUCAGGCUCUCCUUAAUUGAAAAAUUGGCGAGCAGCAUGUUUUGCCCUCUGAAACUCAUCCUGAUGCCAGUGUUACUGGAUUAUUCCUUGGGCCUGAAUGACUUGAUUGUUUCCUCCCUUGAGCUAACAGUCUGUGUGGGUGAUUCAGCCCUGCUGGGAUGUGUUUUCCAGAGCACAGAAGAGAAGCGUGUGACCAAGAUAGACUGGACGGUUUCAUCAGGAGAGCACGCCAAGGAGGAUUAUGUGCUGUACUAUUAUGCCAACCUCAGUGUGCCUGUGGGGCGCUUCAAGAAUCGUGUGAGCUUGGUGGGGGACAUCUUACGCAAUGAUGGUUCUCUCCUGCUCCAAAAUGUGGAAGACGCUGACCAGGGAACAUAUACCUGUGAAAUCCGGCUGGAAAAGGAAAGCCUGGUGUUCAAAAAAGCAGUGGUGCUGCAUGUACUACCGGAGGAACCCAGAGAGCUCACGGUCCAUGUGGGUGACUCGACUCAGCUGGGGUGUGUUUUCCAGAGCACAGAAGAGAAACGCAUGACCAAGGUAGACUGGACAUUCUCAUCAGGAGAGCCUGCCAAGGAGGAAGUUGUGUUACGUUAUUACCCCAAACUCAGUGUCCCUGUGGGGUACUCCCAGAACUGGGGCCGCUUCCAGAACCGUGUAACUCUGGUGGGGGACACUUCCCGCAAUGAUGCAUCUAUCCUGCUGCAAGGAGUGAAGGGGUCUGACAGAGGAAGCUACACCUGCAGUAUCCACCUGGGGAACCUGACCUUCAGGAAGACCACUUUGCUGCACGUGAUCGUGAAAGAGCCCCAAACAUCGGUGACCCCAGUAGCCCUCAGACCCGAGCUCCUGGGUGGCAAUCAGCUGGUGAUCAUCGUGGGGAUUGUCUGCGGCACUAUCCUGCUGCUUCCUGUUCUGAUACUGAUUGUGAAGAGGACCCACAGGAGUAAGAGCUCAGUAACCUCCACAACCCUGGUAAAAAGCCUGGAGAACAUAAAGAAGGCUGAUCCAGAGAAGCAUGUUUACUCUUCAAUAGCCACACGGGAGCAGACUGAGGAAGAAGAAUCCAGUGGAAAAGCAGAGGCCACCUACAUGACCAUGCACCCAGUUUGGCCUUCUGUGAGAUCGGCACCCAGUAACCCACCCGAGAAACGUCCGCUGGGGGAAUUCUAAAGCCAGAGCAAGAUGUUUGAGAAGAAAAGAGAGUUCCUUUUGCGCUUAGCAAUGGCAGAGACUCCUCUGUGUGUCCUGAGUUACUGCGCGGGUCCUUCUGGGACCCCCCCUGCCCCCCGAGUUGUUCUCUUGCCUCAUUGGUCGAAGGGCUGAAGAAGGAGGGUUCAGAACCUGGCAGAAAGACUGGACAGCUUGGGAGGGACAGGCCCCGGCGGAGGGAAGCAUGGAUGCAGUCCUUCUGGCCUGGGAUGCUGGCCCUGGGGACCCUGGCCAAGCCGUGGUGGCCUCGAGCGUUCCCUCAGAUCCUCCGCAUCGAUGGUGCUCUUCGUGGAGGGGUCCCUGGGAAGAAUCACAGAAACAAAAACCAACCCAAAUGAUUCCUUUGGCAAAUUACCCCUAAAUAAACAUGGCUUGUGAAAAUCA